ACUUUCCGCAAUUUGGAUCUGGCCACCCUGCAGCCCCCAGUAUGUGAGGGGGGCGUCUGGUAGACUGGUCGACCUUGCCCAGUACUCCACACAACAUUGCUAACACUUCAGUCAGCCAAUAUAUAAGUCCUUGGUGUUAACAUGGAUGGAAGGGAGGUUUGUGCUACAGUACAUCGCCUGCACUAUCAUACCGCUCCUCUUAAAAUUGUACGAGCACAGAAGCAGUAUAUGACUGACAACGUGGGAGUUCAGUAUUUGGACUGUGUCUCAAAUAUUGCACAUGUGGGACAUUGCCAUCCACAAGUUGUAGCUGCUGGAAAAAAUCAGAUGGGACUAUUGGGUUCUGCACAGGGCUUUGUUAAUGACAUCCUUAACAAGUAUGUUAAGCAGCUCCUCAGUAAGUUGCCAGAUAUACUGAGUGUCUGCUACCUUGUUAACUCUGGAUCUGAAGCUAAUGACCUGGCUUUAAGGCUAGCAAAAUCCUAUACAAACAAAAUGGAUAUUGUGGUCUUUGAUGAGGCUUAUCAUGGAAACUUGGGAAACUUGAUUGAUAUCAGCCCAAAGAUGUUCAAACGAAUGACUCAAGGAAAGAAAGAAUUUGUACACAUCAUUCCCUACCCAGACACUUACAGUGGGGCCUAUCGAGAGAAUGAUUCCCAAGCAGCUGACAAAUAUGUGAAAGAAGCUGAGCGCAUCAUCACUCAGGCUACAGAUAAUGGUAGAAAAAUCGGCUGUUUUAUCUCUGAAUGCAUAAUAGUAAAUUGUGGUAUAAUUUUCCCCCCAAGAAACUACUUUAAGGAUCUUUACAAUUUGAUACGUGAAGCUGGAGGAGUAUGUAUUGCAGAUGAAGUACAAACAGGCCUUGGACGAACUGGAGAACAUUUUUGGGCUUUUGAGCACUUUGGUGUUGUUCCUGACAUUGUUACUGUGGGCAAACCACUUGGCAAUGGUCAUCCGAUGGCAGCUGUAAUAACUACCCGAGACAUUGCUGAUGCUCUUGGGGAUUACUAUUCCACUUUUGGUGGGAAUCCAGUUGCAUGUGCAAUAGGAAUUGCAGUUUUGGAUGUAAUUGAAAAUGAAAAACUGGUUCAAAGUGCCAAAGCAGUUGGAAAGACAUUGUUAGAAAAUUUUCAGCAACUGAAAGCAAAGCAUUGUGUUGUUGGAGAUGUGCGAGGAAUGGGCCUUUGUUUAGGUAUAGAAAUUGUUAAAGACAAGUAUAGCCGGAAGCCUGCUACUGAACUCGCCCAAGAUAUCAUUUACAGAUUAAAAGAUGAGCAUCAUAUCCUACUCCAGGUUCAGGGGCCAAAUCGUAAUGUAAUUACAAUAACGCCGCCCAUGUGCUUCACUCAGCUCAACGCGCGAUCUCUCUUUAAUGCUCUUGAUGCUGUUCUUUCUGCUUGUAGUGAGCAACGGCCAGGAAGCUCAAAUAUUGAUGUACAACAGUCUAGACCAGUUCUCUCCACGGAAGAUUUAGACAACCUUGAAGAGGAGGAUGCAGAACGUCCUCAAGCAAAAAGGCCACGCACAAGCUAUGAUGAUAUAGAUUAGCCGGUCACCCAGUGAGAAAAAUUAAAUUUUUGUAGUAAAGAUUUUUUCUAUUUCUUUUUAGUAAAUAUAAUUCAAACUGCACUAUAGUUGAAUAGAUUACUUGUCCUUUCAUCAGCCAAUUAUGCUUGGUAUAUUUUGCCGUUACAGUAUUGGGUAUCAGUUUUCUCGGGUAGUGUGUUAUUCAAAUCUUAUCUCACACAUUGAGUGCUUUAUUUGCCUAGGAAGAAGUGUGUUGGGGGGGAAGGGUACAAACAAAUCAGAGCCUGUAGGUAGUUCUAUAUUAGUUUCUUCUUUUAACUUGUUCUACUCCCAAAUGUGAUGAGAAAUGCCAUAAAAUGUUUUUUUUUUUUUUUUUUUUUUGUAGACGCUUAAAUCGGGCUGAUCUUUGUCAAGAAUUGUUUACUUCAUCCACUUUGGCUUUGUUUUAGGUUGCUUUUCUGACGCUGUUGGCAAUGGCAGUUACCAUCAGAUACCUUCUCCAGUGUUUGUAGUGUUUCUUCAGAUAGGUGGACUCAGUUUGAAUAUUUUCUUUUGCCUGGAUAGUACUUCAGGAUUUGGUUGCCAAGGCAAGCUGGUAGGGUAGAGAUAUUUCUCCCACCAAGCUGUGUUCCUACCUGUGCCUUUUUGCAGUUCUCUGGAGUGUUCUACAGUACCUUGAGUUCUGGUGGGCUUCUUUCUCUCACUUUUCUAGCUUGUUCCCAGACAGUUUGCACAUUCUUGUACUUGUCAGUCCUUCUGAAGCUUUGGAAGUGCUUGAGUAGCCUCUUUCUUGCUGCAGCUAACCGGGUGUCCAGGGUUCUGUAAUUUUUGCAAUAGUUUUAGAUGAGAGGGACAUAGCAUGAACAUUCCUAGAAGUUCUGUUCAGUGGGGAAUGGCCAGUCCCUCUGCAUAGUGGACAUUUUUUCCACCUCCAUUUGCACACAGUGGCAUACUGUUUUCCUGGCAGAGUUGGUGACUGUUGCUGCAAUCUGCAGCAAACAUGGUGUGGUAUUACCAUGAGACAUUAAUGAUGUGGCUGGAUUCUGACUAAAACUUAGUGUGGUGCAGAUGAGCCAUUAGUAGUCUGCCUGGUGGCACCUUUCCAACAAUCUGUUCAUAUCCUUCUUAGUCUGAUACUGGCACUUUGGACCCCCCGAGGUAUUGAAGGUCUGCACUUCUAUUGCUCCUCGUUUGUGUGUGGGCGCCGAGGAUCGGGGUUCUUUUACCGUGUCUCCAUUCAUAUAUUUUUACUAAAUUGGCUGUUUUACAACUUUUUGGUAGGUCUUAUAGCAUAUGGCAACCAUAGGGCUUUCACUAUCUUUUUAUAGUAUCCAUGCUGGGAUUCCAUUUGGUUAAACAGCUUUUGGUGUGCCUAGUUCCAGCAAAUGCCUCCUUACCUCAUCUGUGGUAAUCUAAAAUUCCUCCUUCAUUCUGGCAUUUUAACCAUGAAUGCCAUGAACUUCAGAGUGUAAUCAGAAAGAUAUUGCACAUUAGUGUAUUUGCUUACAUACAAUGCUUUACAUGAAAUGUUUUGAUAGGUUACCAAUGUAUGGCAACCACCGAGCAAAGUUUAAUUUAGGAAAUACAGUAUGGUGAAAUAAAUCAGUGAUUCAAGACCAUUUAAUAAGGUAUUAAAGAAGAAUCCAAAUGUACUUGUUGUACAUCCUGUGUGUCCCAAAUGAGAGUAUUUAAAUUUCAGUGUAUCGCAGAGAUCUGGAAUGGGUAUUGGCCACCCAUCAGUUACAGAGGCAGUGGCUGCCUCCUUAUCUAGUGUCGAGCACAGCCAGGCUUGUGUUACAUCUGGGAUUCUGGUGGGUUCUCAUGAGUGUUCUGUGCCAUGCUUCCCUGAGGAACUUCCUAAGGCACCUCUAAGCUGUUGCUCAGAGUGGGCUAUUGUGUGGAGAGGCCUGAAAACAAGCCUGCUGCCUACUUUACUACCUUAUUCCCUUCUCCUAAUGUAUAGAAUGGGAUGGAUGAGAUGCACAUGUUUUUUUCUUUAAAUUUCACUUAUUCAGUCUUGGGUAAAUUUGGAGGGAUCCAAUAAAUUGUGCUUCUUGACUUCAUCAUUGCACUGUUUGCCUGUGUUGAAUAUCUGAAGUACCUCUUAUCAAUAAUCUGUGAGCACCAUAUCAUGAGGCAUCUAUCCUUUUCCUUUAUAAUGUCUGAGUGGGAUACCUCAUGCUAUCCUAGCAGCAUGGAGUCGCUUAUGCAAGUGUUGAAAAAUCUUGGGCCUUUGAUGUUGAUAGUUCUCUCUCAGCAUAUCUAUUGCACCUCUCCUUUUCAGUGGGGCUAUUUUGCACAUCCUACCAUGCCUUCUCGUCUUGUGUGGUUAUUUUCAUUUGAAACCAGUCUUUAUAGUAUAUUCUGCAUAUAUAUUAUGAAUCUCUUCCACCUGUACCCGUGGGAAUACAGAUUUUAAAAUUUUAAGGGGUCCCACUAAUUUAGAUGUUUUAAAGUGGAUUCUAGCAGUAAGAGAUCUUUGCACACGCUCCUGGUCAGCAAUUUCUCCAGCUUUCAAUCGGGCUGUUAGUGUGCAGCAAUAUUUCAUCUUGGCACCGAUUUUUUUUUUAAAGAGUAUUGUAUUUAAUAUAUGGUAUAUACACUUCAAACAAUAAAUGCCAAUCUGAAUAGUGAUAUUUUUUAAGAAACUGGUAUUUUGCAUUGGAAUAUUGUUGCACAUAAUGACCCUUUCAUUUGUGGAGAGCAUACAGAAACUAAAGUGUUUCAAAUGUAGCUGCAAUAGAGUCCAAUAGACUCAAGAACCUGUACAUAGCAUAGCAGUAUGGGCCAAAUGGCCCCUCGUUAAAAGAGUAGGGCAUACGAUAAUCUAUAUUACAAUUCUAUAAACAUUAAGGGGCCCGAGAUAUAAAUUUAAGUAUAGGAGACAUUACUAACAGUGCUAAAAAAAAGAGAAUAAGAACAAUUCAAAAACAUUCCUGAUCAGUGAGGCUGUAAUUUCUACAUUAUGCUGCAUACAGCAGUGUCCAAUAGUUUGGUAAAGCAACCCUUCAGUUUAGAUGCAUGGUCAUGGACAUACUGAUCUACAGGACUAUGACAAGGUAGGUAAAGCUGUGUAAUGCAUCAAAUUACUAUAUUGUGAAGUAUUAAGUAUUCCAUUACCUAUAUUGAACAUAAAUUGUGUAAGUAGUACUGUACCUAGCAAGUAAAAGUUCCUUUGAUUCUCAUCCUGAUCCUAUAUAUUGAUUUAAUCCAACUCCACAGUGGAAUAGAAAUGAUAAAUUUCAGGUGCCAACACGUCCUGUGGCACAAUCUGACUACAACUUCCAUGAUAGGGUAUACACCAUCAUUCAUUGAGAGAUGACUGCUGUUAUUGAUGUCUUGGCCUGGGUUUCACACUUGCAGCUACAAGAAAUUGCCAGAAGUUGAAUAAUACUCAUAUGAAGUCCAUGUUGAGUACCCUCGUGGAUAGGCUGACACAGCGCCCACUGCACUCGUCUUACAAUAUUUGUACACAUCACGUCAUCCGACUGGGUCAAGUGCCGCAGCGCCUGGAAGCUCUGAGGCACGCCAGACUGGUGCCCGAACUCAACACUCCCCAUCCUCAAUAUCAGCUGGGAGGGAGUAAAGGUAGCAUUGGUGUAGGGUGGUGAGCCGGCAGAGUUUAUUGAGUGAGCGUUAACACGAGGAACAGCAUUGUCCCUGCGAGUCUCAGGCGUACCAGGAUGGAUGGAAUAUUUCUGACAGAUAAAAUAUUUAAAUAUGAAUCUUGAAAAAUGCACAAGGAAAAGUCCAUGAAUCUAAUGCUGGCUGCUCCUGUCAUUAAACAUCAUCUCAACAAACCAUCAUAAUAUCUACAAAGUUGAGAACACACUACAAUAAAAUAUUAAACAUUUUA